AAUUGUGGACAAAUUCAUCCCUGAGGAGCUUUCAGAGAUGAACAAGGUAAAUGAUUUUAUCUUUAAAACUAAAGACUCAGAUGUUUAGAUGGUGGAUAAAUUUAUAUCUGAUAAGAUUUCUGCAAUGAUGAAGGUAAAUUAUUUUAUCUCUAAGGAAAAGGAGUCAGAGCUGAAGAUGGUGGACAGAUUCAUCUCUGAGGAGGUUUUAGGAGUGAGCAAGGAUAAGAAGUCAGAGCUGAAGAUGAUGAACACAUCCAUCACUGAGGAACCAUCAGAGGUCAAGGAGAUCAAAAAGAUCAUCUCUAAACAACGUUUACAGACCCAAGAUAUCUCAGAGGAUAUCAUUGAACCCUGUAAAAAUCAAGGGUUGAAUGACAGAGCUGUUCCAGUAAUCACAGCAAAGCAGCAGAACAAAGGAGUUGGAGUGAAGAUCAAAACGUUUCUUCAAAAGUACAGUCAGCGACGAUACAAGAGAGUUGCACCGCAGCAGUCGUUGGCUGUUAAAGAGGAACCCAGUGAGGAGGAGACGGAUGUCGCAGGGCUGAAACAAUCAGUGUCUGAGGAGCAGACACGUGACAUCUUGAGAGCGGUCUCUGGAAAGACUGGCUGGUCACAGGCCGACCGCUUUAUCUUGCUAGAUUUAAAGGACUCAAACGUAGAGAAGGCAACACUUUCUCUUUGUAAAGAGAAAAUACUGAAGACAGCAGAGAAACCCAUCCUCAAAAGGGUUUUCUCUUUUGUCGGCAAAGCCCUCUCCAAGCCCUUUAAAAAGUCCUGAGGGCCAC